AUGGCCUUCAACCCCGUCCUCCCGGCCAACCCGGCGUGGACGUACAUGUCCGCCGACGGGCGCAUGGUCGCUGUCCCCAGCCGCGCGUUCCCGCCUCCUCUGGCUCCGAGCUCGGCCUCCAUCUCCUCCAGCAUGGUAGCGCAGAACGGGAGCGCGCAGAGCUCGGUUCGAUCGGGCCAUCACUCCAGUGGCAGGAACAAGAACAAGAACAAGACCAACAAGGCACCCACCAAGCCGGGGAUGAGCAAGAUUAGUCCGUUGGCAACGCAUCCCGAGAUUCACUCGGACGACGACGAGUCCACGCCCCUCCCGGGCCCGCAGUACAAGUCGCUCUCUAGCACGCGGGCGGGUACGGCGCUGUGGGCGACCACGUCCGUCCCGCUGGACGGGUCCCUCGGGGUGGUGCCCAAGGGCGCGGUGGUGGGGCACAACCCCGCCGACAGGGCGUAUGCACCCAAGAACCCCAGCUCCAACCAGUCCAAGCACUCCAAGUCUAAUGGCAAGGCGGUGGUCACGGGCCCGACGACGUUUAUGGUCCCCGACAACAGCUUUGGAGGUGGCAACAAGGGCCACGCACGUAUCAAGGGCGAUGCUCCCAGUCAGAACCGGGCGGCCAUCGAGGCCAAGCGGGAGAGGACGACUACCAGGACGACAAAGGACAAGGCCAUCAAAGGGUGGACGACAAACGCCCUCUCGGCGCUUUCAGAGGUGCGCAGCCACCGCCGAGACGCGAUCAUGGACCGCGCAAAGAGGUAUACCCUCCGCGAGGACCGGGGUACGGUCACGAGCAAGGAUGUUUAUCGCGCCAUUGACAGUUACAAUGCCGACAAGAAGAAGAGCACGGACAAGGACUAG